AUGUCGUUGGGUUGGUACGCAAGAAUCCUGCAGAUGAUGGAAGGGUGGGCCAUGAUUCCGCCAUCAGUUCUCGGCGCGCUUCAGCGAAUGAUGUGCAGAUACAGCAACGCUUCAGAAGCACUCUCUAUCGCGGGUUCCAUGAUGAGUGCACCGAUACAGCCCGACGAAGUCUGGAUCGACCACGAUGCAACGGCCGCGAGCCGGAAGCAGCAAGCCAACGCAGCCGUGGCCCGGGCCAACGUCGACAACCUACGAGAUGACCCAGAAGCUCGAGCGGCAUUUCUUUCAACGUUUUCUGCGGAAGAGGAAAGAUCCGUCAUCAACAAAGUUGACAAGGCCUUCCUACUUCUCAUCGGCGUAAUGUUUAUGAUCAAGCAGGUGAAGCAAUUUUGUAGAUUGGCUGAAGCCAUUCGACCCAGCGCACUGACGAAUUUCCAGAUUGACCAAACCAAUGCUGCAAAUGUGCGGGUAUUGCAGGCGGGAGAGUCCCGGAAUAUCAUGAAAGAGCUCGACAUGACGUCUGACCAAUACAAUUGGGUCGGAUCCAUCUAUGGUAUCGCCUACAUCAUCUUUGAAGCACCCAGUAAUCUUCUCCUGAAGCGUAUGAGUCCACAUCUUUGGCAGUCUCGUAUCUUCCUCACCUGGGGAAUCAUUACAGCCUGCCAAGCUGCAGCUCAAAAUCGGCAUCAACUUUACGCUAUGCGAUUUCUGCUUGGGAUGUUCGAAGCGGGGAUGUUUCCGGGCAUCAUGGCCCAGUUGUCUAGCUGGUACCGCACAGAUGAGAUAGGCAAACCAGUGACUUGGUUCUUUGCAAUGUCCAACCUGGCAGGUAUCAUCGGAUCUAUUUUAUGUUAUGGUAUCAGCUAUAUGAACGGGAUUCGUGGUAUUAGUGCUUGGAGAUGGGUGUACCUUCUCGAAGGACUGGCUACCAUCGUCUUCUCUGGUGUGGCAUUUUGGCUGCUACCAGACUAUCCCAAGUCACCGCGCAGCAGGCGCUUCCUGACAGAGAGGGAACAAGAGUUUGUAGAGGCCAGGUUACCGGAGAACGCGCCCCUGACUAACGAUCCUGAUUUCGCCGGCAAAGAGAUUUGGGCGGUCUUACGAACACCGUUGAUUUGGUCAUUCAUGCUGUCGCAGACGCUCAUCAACAUUGGAGGAUACGCGUUGACAUGGUACUUGCCUACCAUUGUUACUAAUCUUGGCUUUGUGGGGCUGCCGAGGAAUCAGCUGUUGAAUAUGCCUCCUGCGUUUGCCGCCAUCGUGGGCUUGAUAUUUUUGGCGUGGUUCAUGUCGAGGGCGUAUAUCGUCCGGCCAGCCUACAUCAUAUCUGCCACACUCUCUGGAUCUACGGGGACGGCCUUCACGCUUGGUCUCCAAUCGGGUAUAGCCCAGCUAGGCGGCGUCAUUGGGCCGCAGCUGUUCCAGUCAAAGUUUGCAUACAAUGGUUACAAAACAAGCUUCGCGAUAGCAGCGGCGACAACUAUCGCCUCCUUUGUCGCCAACCUAUGGACUUGGUGGUUGACCCGGAACACGGAGUACGAUGUGAUGAGAGUGAGAAGGAAAAUAUUGAAGGCACGAAAACUUGGCAAGGUCAACUUCGAUGAUGAUAUACGGGUAUUUGAGGAAAGGCGGUUUUACGAUGGAUUCAAACGGCAGGGGGGAGACUCUGAAUGGUGGAUCAAGGGAGAACCCGUCGAGAAUGUGUGGGGGCCAUGCCGUAGCGUAAAUUCUCGCAACUUCACUGAUCCUAAAAUAACUCACUUCGGUCCUGACUCAACACUUUCUGAGGGGCCUCACAUACCAAGUUCACAACCAGUCAUGUCGGCAUCGCCAGCUCUUGCGCAGCUUUUGGAGAAGGUGAUUCCGCAAGGGGACCGCUCGUCUCUCCGCAGCGAUGUAAUCCCGGCAGUCCUUGACGCCAUUUCCGGCAUCGCCAAGACGCUGCAGGCAUCCCAGCACGUCUCACAUGCUGGGACAGCAAACGCCUUUGGUGACGACCAGCUCAACGUCGACGUGCUCUCCGAGAACGUAAUGCGCGAAGCUAUUGCGAGAUGCCCCUCAAUCCAGACCGCAAGCAGUGAGGAGGACCCGAUCGAGAAGCCUGCGAGGCCACAAGCGAGCGCUGGCGCAAACGAGAUCCCUGCAACCUCAGAGGAGUACACCGUCGCUUUCGAUCCCCUUGACGGCAGCUCCAUCAUUGCGCCAAACUGGACGGUUGGAACAAUUGUCGGCAUCUGGGAUGGGCGCACCGCGGUGGGCCAGUCACCGGUUGAGAAGCAGAUUGCGGCCGUUAUUGGUGUCAUCGGACCCCGGACUACCGCCAUUGUCGCCGUGCGGAUCCCCGGCGCCGACUCCGCUUGCUUUGAGAUCGGAUACGGCCCGAACGGCGUGGAAGAUUGCGAGGUCAUCCGGCCGGUCGUCAAAUUGGCUGACGCACCCUUCAAGACGCGUUACUUUGCGCCCGCGAACCUGCGACAUGCGGCGGACGAUGAGAGGUACAGCGCUCUCAUUACGCGCUUCAUCAAGGAGAAGUACACGCUGCGGUACUGCGGCGGCCUUGUACCCGACAUUGUGCAUGCGCUUGUCAAGGGUCAUGGAGUCUAUGUUAUGCCUGUUACUCCCGGUGUUCUUCCCAAGCUCAGAUUCCUCUACGAGCUAUACCCGAUUGCUCUGAUCAUGGAGUGUGCGGGUGGCCAAGCCAUUGACCCCACGGAUGGCAGACCACUGCUUGAGAAGAUUCAGAAGGAUUGCGAUGGUAGAGCGGGUCUAAUUUGCGGCACGACGGAGGAGGUGAGGAUUGUUAAGCAGGUUCUUCUUGGAUGA